AUUUACCAUUUAUUUUCUUCCCAUUCACUGUUGCUGGAGUGGAUUAAUUGCAAAAAAAGGAAGAAGGAAGACCUUGCAAAACGUGGUUUGUUUCUCUUUAUUAUUGCUCUUAUUUGGAUUUUUUGGGGAGAGAAGCAAGGGCUUUUUGGAUCUGAACGUGCCCUGGAAUAUAAGCAAAAAAAGGAGGAUAUUUACCCUCCUAAAAAAGAAGCAAAUAUCUGAAUGGUUUCCUGUUUGAUUUUGAGGCCCAGGACGGAGGAAGGACAGCAUGGCGUGACCAGCAUGGCUUGCAGUUUGUAAUUUUAUUAUUACGAGAUUGGAUUAUUAUUAUUAUUUCUCUUCCGAAGCAACGAAUGACCGGGCCUCAUCGUUUGCAAAUUUACCUUCCUUGUGGCUUCCAGACCAGGAUGUGAACCAGGUGCAUGGAGUAAAAACAAACCUAAAAGAAAAGGAGCAAAGGUGCUACUGUUUUGGGGAUUUCUCAUUUAUUUCUUCCAGUUCUCUCGCCAUUCCUUUUCUUGGGGUCGAACCCCAAGAACCCCUCAACCCUUUGGAUAAAGAAAAGGAAGACGGUUCGCUUUCUCUAUGCGGGGAGGAAGCUACGCUGAUCCUUUCUGGGGAGGCUUCUGAUGAAGAAGAGGCCGAAAAUGGGGGAUUUCUACGACCCCGAACAUCCCACCCUCGACACAACUUUAAUGUCGAAGGACCCCAGUGGACAUCAUAACCCUAAUACCUCCAGCAUCCCCGAAAUGCACUCACCUCUGAGGUGGAAAGGGGCAGACAACUGGUGUAUCUUUCCCCAGAAUAUGGAUGGGUCUGAAGAGGUAGAAAGAGAAGAAGAUAAUGAGGGCAAGGCUGAUAACCCACAGAAGCCUGGCUUCGUCAAAGGGCCAGUGUUCAAGGGGAUUGCCUCCAGCCGUUUCUUGCCCAAAGGGACCCGGACGAAAGUGAACCUGGAGGAGCAAGGGAGGCAGAAGGUGUCCUUCAGCUUCAGCCUCACCAAGAAGACCUUGCCAAACAGAUUCCUGGCAGGACUUGGGAACGAGAAGCAAAAUGAGACGUCGGGUUCCCCGGCAGCAGCCCCUCCGACCGACUUGGCUUCCAAAAUCAAAAUGGACUUAGCGGACUCACCCGGCGCGGUGGAGGAGUUCUCACCGCCGAAACCUAAGGUGGAAUUAGGCAGGAUUCAUUUCAAGAAACAUUUGCUGAACGUUACAACAAAGCUUCCUUUAGCUGUUGCUGCAACGCUGCCGCCUCCUCCGCCGCCUCCACCACCACCUCCGCCUCCGGCAGUUCCAACUCCAGCGGAUACAUUUGAAAUUGAGGAAAUGCCCCCAUCACCCCCUCCUCCUCCUCCACCUCCUCCGCCCCCUCCACAAAUUGUGUCCGCACCAGCGUCAGUGCUAAGCCCACCAGCUUUGUCACACAUCCCAUCAACGCCAGCCCCCCCUCCGCCACCAUCGCCUGUAGAAACCAUUGUCCAGAUGACAAAAGUGCCCUCGCUGAAAACAUCACAGGAGACUUCAGAAGCGAGCGUUCAAGAGAAUUCUUCUGUCUUGGAUGGCUCCAAAGAGCAUCUUCCUGAAGCCGCUUCCAACGAAGCGGAACCCACCCCGACAAAAGGACAUUCCCACAAUGGGAAGGAGGAAGAAGUUUCCGAUGCCCCGAAAGGUGCUCCUCUAAGUUCUAAGAAGCAAGGCUCCAGGAGGAAGUUCUCGCUGUCUGAUGGCACAGCCCCCGGUUCUGAAUCCGAUGAAGAUUCCGUCAGAACGUCUUCCAGCCAGAGAUCCCAUGACAUUAAAUUGCCCCCCAGCUCGGAGAAAGAAAAGGAUUCGCGGAAGAGCUCUUCUUCUCACAAAACGGAAGAGCCGGCAAAAUCUUCCUCACGGUCUAAAUCUGACCGAGAUGAAAAGUAUUCCAGUUAUUCUCGAUCCGAGAGAGACUCGAGGUACUCUUCCAGCCGUUCCAAAACUGACCGAGAGAGGAGGAGGAGUAGGUCUCGUUCUCGUUCUAGGUCAGAGAGAAGUUCUAGGCCCAGUUCCUCCUAUUCCAGGUCGGAGCGGUCGCAUUACUAUGACUCGGACCGACGGCACCACAGAAGCUCACCCUACAGAGAGAAGAGCCGAUACUCUCGCUCCUACGCAGAUAGCAGGACCAGAGAGAGCUCCGAUUCGGAGGAAGAAUACCGAAGGGCUUACUCCCGGUCUACAGAGUCACGGCGUACAUCCUCCCAUUCCUCAUCCUACAGAGACUCUAGGACCUCUUCUUCCUCUCAUUCAAAGUCCGAACGGGAAAGUAGGACUGAAUCCUCUCAUACUGAGUCAGAUAGAAAAGGAAAGUCUACCAAAUCGGAAAGAGAAUCAAGAAGGACUUCGGACGCUGACGGUUCUAGAAGGUGUUCUCCUUCCGGCGAGUCGCGACAUCGGGGGGGAUCCUCCCAUUCUAAAGCCGACAGCAGCGCGAAUUCUUCCCGACACAAGCCCACCUCUUCCAAGACAUCUGUUCCGAGACCAGAUAAAUUUAAAAGUUCUUUCUGUUGUACAGAAUCUGAGGAAAUCAAAGGGCAGUCUAAUUGUAUAGACUCGGAGGCAUCUUGUGUUCAAAGCUGUGAAACAAAAAACGCUGUCUCACCGAAGCCAGAAACGGACAGGACUGUUUCCCCAUUAAGUCCGUUACGUGAUUCGCCUUCUUUUAAAAAUCAAGAAGAAUCAAAAGGAGGUCCUCCUAUUUCUAAGUCAAACGAACUUGCAGGAAUUGAUAGCCAUGACAGUAUUAAGGAAGCGGACCCUUUGGUCAAGGGAAAGCAUGAUAUUCGGUUAACGACUUGUUCUACGAGAACAGAAACCAAUCUAAACGGAUCCCCAGAGAGUAGGCCGAGCGAUACUGCAGUGUUCUGUAAUUCUGAACUGGAGGUCGCAGUAUCUUCUGAUACUAGUCUAGAUAGAUCUGGUAGUUUAGAUACUUUGGAGGAGGCACAAUCUCAAAUCAAAAGUCCUCAUUGGAACAAGGAACCAUCUAACGGGGUUCAAAGCGUAUCUCCUUCUAAAGAACAGGCUCUGGAUGAUUCCCUGCUCCUUUCAAGCGAAUCCAACUGUUCUCCUCUCGAAAAGGAAGAAUAUUCCAUUCUUUCUGAAUAUGAAUGUGUCCCUUCCUGCACUGAGAAUGUAAAUCUUUCUGAAAUAACACAAAAAGAGGAUGAUCAAACAGAUCCCUGUGAUAAAGCCAAAGAUCCAGUCCCUUGUUACCUUUCAGACGACGCCACUCCUUUGUAUUAUUCCGAAGUGGAAAUCGAAGCUGAGCCUUCCGACACGAAAGCUGCUCCAGGAUCUUUCGCUGAGGUAAACGUAGAGCCAUGCAUUGAAACAUUGAAAUCUUCUGACGUAGAGGACCAAAAUUCAUUGAGCUCUGCACAUGAAGGUGAAAAAUGUUUGAGACAGUUGAACUCGAUAGAGAGUAGCCCAGCCAGAGAUUCUUCUAUGGAAGAAGAUCUUGUGAAAAUGGAAUUAGACAAUCAGUGUGUUGCACCGCUGCAGGAAACGUGCGAAAACGGGUCUUUGGAGUUAGAAACAACCUUGCAGGAGAAGGAGGAGGAAAUCUUGGAGUGUUCUGAAGUAGCGCUUGAACUUGAUGUCCUCCACGUUGAGUCCGCCAUUGAAAAGCCAGCAUCGCCUUUGAAAAACGAGCAUUCUUAUUAUUUAGAGAGAUCGGUAGAAGACCCAGAGAAAGAAGAACCUGAUGGGGAUGAAGACUUGCUUGCUUUGGAUGAAAGAGCCACGUCUGGUUUGGACGAACACUCUUUCGAAGUCUGUGAGAUGCAGGAUGAAAGCUCCGUCAUGGAAUCGGCCUUUCCAUGCGCCCCCUCCCCUUCUUGUGAUAUCGGUGUCGCUGAAGAAGAAACAGAAACCGUACCCGAAGUCACCAGGUGCGACAGUAGCCGCAGCAAUCCUGAACUCACUCCUGUGCACAACGAAGACUAUUCAGAUCUGGCUGAAAGCGGGAGUGAGCAAGGCAGCGAGGAAAGCGAAACGGAGGACUCUGAUUCAGAUGACAGCAGCAUUCCAAGGAAUCGCCUUCAGUCGGUGGUGGUCAUUCCAAAGAACUCCACGAUAGCUUUGGAGGAGAGCAGUUCUUGCUCUUCACGGAACAGCCAGAGCAACAGGCGCUAUUUGGACCGCUGGGAAGAUGCCCGGCCAGAGUCCAGCAAGUCGUUCUGUGAGGACGCACCAAAUGAUCUGGAAGCCAGCCACGCUCUGCAAAAUGAAAGGAAGUGUCUCUCUUCUAGAGAUGUGGAGGGGAACCUAGCAAUAUCAGCUGAGCCUAGCAGAGUGGAGAUGGCAGACCUUCAGCCCCGGGUCUCCCAGCCGCAGAGCGAUGACGUGGACAGCACCAGCCAGUCCGAUCAAGCGUCAGAUUCCGUUGGCAAGCCAAAUCCAGAGGAAAGGGCCGCCAUCAGCGAAACGAUGUCUCUUGCUCGAUUAGCUGGCGAAUCCCAAGAACACGAACUUCAAUACUUUUCCAGGAACUUUGAAAUGACUGACCAUAUGUCUAGGCUGCAAAGCAGCGCGUCAAAGCCAGACAGUCAGCAGGGGAAACCUUGUUUCGGGGACCUCCCCGUUCCUGGAGGCCUCUCUCGAGAAGAUGGCUUCCAUUCGACGGAGGAGUGGGAUUUCUCCCAGACAGAGAAGCCCAGCAGCACUUACCAGCAGCCUGACAGUAGCUAUGGCAUCUACCCUGGUUAUGUUUACCCACCAAACUCAGGGCCUUACGUUGGAUCUCACAGUUACUGGCACGAUAAUGGCUACUGGGACCCACGACUGACCCACAGGCCCUGUGAGAUGAAUUACGAGCCGGCGCAAGGGCCGGUCCCGGACUCUCUCACGGAAGAUCACGAAGAGUAUGAAGAAGUGGACCACUGGGUGGAUGAAAGCCAGGCUUACUUCCCCAGCCAGUCGGAGAAGUACCCGCCCCGUGACCCGAGGGAGAAGGGUUCGGUGCAGGCCCACGAGAUCAGCAGCAACUCGGCCAAGGAGCCCACAGCCACGAGCGAGCAAAAAGAGCAGGCCACUAAGGCUUUGGACAGAAACGACAUGAAGGAGCGGGGGCCGCUGAAGAAGAGGCGGACAGAUUUGGAGAGCGAGUCGGAGAGCGACGGGGACUCCCAGGAACGGAAGAAGGCCAAAACGGAGGGUGAGCCACUGCCCGCCGUGCCGCAGGGGGACUCUUUGGGGGACGGCCUGCUGUGUUACAUGGAGGACUUCAGGGACCCCCAGCGGUGGAAGGAGUUUGCCAAGCACGGGAGAAUGCCCUGUUACUUCGACCUCAUUGAAGAAAACGUGUAUCUGACCGAAAGGAAGAAGAACAAAUCGCACCGUGACAUCAAGCGGAUGCUGUGCGAGUGUCCCACGCUUUCCAAAGAAGAGAGGGCUCAAGGAGAGGUGGCCUGCGGAGAAGACUGCCUCAAUCGACUGCUCAUGAUAGAAUGUUCUUCGAGAUGCCCCAACGGGGAGCACUGCUCCAACCGCCGGUUCCAGAGGAAGCAGCACGCAGACGUGGAGGUCAUCCUCACGGAGAAGAAAGGCUGGGGCCUGAGAGCAGCAAAAGACCUCCCCUCUAACUCCUUUGUGCUGGAGUAUUGUGGUGAAGUCCUGGAUCACAAAGAGUUCAAGACCCGAGUGAAGGAGUACGCCCGGAGCAAGAACAUCCAUUACUAUUUUAUGGCCUUGAAAAAUGAUGAGAUCAUCGAUGCCACCCAGAAAGGAAACUGCUCUCGUUUCAUGAACCACAGCUGUGAACCAAACUGUGAGACGCAGAAGUGGACAGUGAACGGUCAGCUGCGAGUCGGCUUUUUCACCACCAAGGUAGUUCCUUCAGGUUCAGAGCUGACUUUUGACUACCAGUUCCAGCGAUAUGGCAAAGAGGCGCAGAAGUGCUUCUGUGGUUCCACGAACUGUCGGGGAUACCUCGGGGGCGAGAACCGGGUCAGCAUCAGAGCAGCCGGCGGCAAAAUGAAGAAAGAGCGGUCGCGAAAGAAGGAUUCGGUGGAUGGAGAAUUGGAGGCGCUCCUGGAGAACGGAGAAGGGCUUUCAGACAAGAACCAAGUUCUCAGUUUGUCCCGGCUGAUGGUACGCAUUGAGACGCUGGAGCAAAAACUGACCUGCCUCAAACUCAUACAGAAUACUCACUCUCAAGCCUGUCUGAAGACCUUCUUGGAAAGCCAUGGUUUGUCGCUCCUCUGGAUUUGGAUGACGGAACUUGGGGACGGACGGGGGAACACAGCCAACAACCUGAAGCUCAAGCUGGAGAUUAUAAAAACCCUGGAGCUCUUACCGAUCCCCAACAAGAACAUGCUGGAAGAGAGUAAAGUGCUCCCGAUCAUCCAGCGCUGGGCCCAGACCAAGUCGGCCAUCCCGCACCUCAGCGAAGGGGACGGCUACUCCAGCGAGAACACCUCUCGGGCCCACACGCCGCUCAACACCCCGGACCCUUCCGCCAAGCCCAGCACCGAGGUGGAGUCGGACACGCCCAAGAAGCUGGCCUUCCGGAGGCUCAAGAUCAUCAGCGAGAACAGCAUGGACAGCGCCGCCUCGGAUACGAUCAGCGAGGUCGAGCUGAAGGACGGGAAGGAGGAGCCUACGGAGCACUUGGAGAGCGCCCCGACAGAGACGGUGGAGGAGGAGCAACCCACGCAGGCAGAGGAUGCGGCCAAGGAUGAGGCCCCAGCGGACCCCAACCAACCUCAGGCAGCGGAGCAGGAGCCCGAGUUGGAGAUCGAAACCAAGGAGGUCAUCAUCUCCAAGAUGGAGGAACCCGCGGCCGCGGAAACGCCUUCCCAAGACGAAGAGGAGGGCUUGUCGGACGUGGAGAGCGAGAGGAGUCAGGAGCAGACGGACAAGAUCGUGGACGUGAGCGAUUUGGCCACCCGGCUCCUGGACUGCUGGAAAGACCUAAAAGAGGUUUACCGGAUCCCUAAGAAGAGUCAAGUGGAAAAGGAGACCACCGCAGAUCGUGGGCGAGAGACAGCAGGACGAGACCCUGCUUCGACCCCGAAAAACCUGAGCAGAGAGCGAGACCCUGAAAGGCAAAGUCAGAGCAAGGAAAAGAAGAGGCGCAGGGAUUCUUUGUCUCCUCCUUCGGCCUAUGAGCGAGGCACCAAGCGACCGGAUGACAGGUACGACACGCCGGCGGCCAGCUCGAAAAAGAAAGUCCGGAUCAAGGACCGCAACAAGCUCUCCACGGAAGAGCGGCGGAAGCUCUUUGAGCAGGAGGUGGCCCAGCGCGAAGCCCAGAAGCAGCAGCAGCAGAUGCAAAGCCUGGGCAUGGCCUCCCCGCUCCCCUACGACCCCUUAGCCUACAGUGCUGCCCAACACGCCUUCAUGGGCUACCCGCCUGGUUACCCCAUGCAGUCCUACGUAGACCCCACCAACCCCAACGCUGGGAAGGUGCUCCUCCCCACGCCCAGCCUGGACCCCAUGUGCUCCCCGGCGGCCUACGACCCCCAGACUCUGGUGGGGCACCCCAUUGAGACCACCCUGGCCGCCCCGCAACCCGUGCCCAUUGUCCAACACGUAGCCACAGCCCUGGAGGUCUCCACCCCGCAGUACGUGGCCCAGGGCGACUCAGUCGUCCACCAGGAGACCAGCGGUGUCACGGUCUUGCCGGUCUCGGCCCCUGUUCAAGGACAGAGCUACGGCGUCUGGGAUUCCAGCCAGCAGACCGUGGCCAUGCAGCCCCCCUAUUCCCCGGCUCAGACACAGCCCGCCAUAUACUAUCAAGGGCAAGCGUGUCAGGCCGUUUAUGGGGUGACGUCGCCAUAUUCGCAGACCACGUCGCCGAUUGUACAGAGUUACGCACAGCCAAGCCUUCAGUACAUCCAGGGGCAGCAGAUUUACACUGCGCAAGGUGUAGUGGUGCAGCCCACGACAGCCGUGACCACUAUUGUAGCAGCAGGGCAACCUCCACCUAUACAACAGCCGGAGCUUGUGGUGACCAACAACCUUCUGGACCUGCCUCCGCCGUCUCCCCCAAAACCUAAAACCAUUGUCCUCCCUCCCAAUUGGAAAACAGCCCGAGACCCCGAGGGCAAGAUCUAUUAUUACCAUGUGGCCACAAGGCAAACUCAGUGGGACCCUCCGAACUGGGACAGCCCCGAAGAUGACGCCAGCCUCGAACACGAGGCCGAAAUGGACCUUGGGACGCCGACCUACGAUGAAAACCCCAUGAAGUCUUCCAAAAAACCCAAAACAGCAGAAGCAGACACGUCUAGCGAGCUGGCAAAAAAGAGCAAGGAAGUCUUCCGGAAGGAGAUGUCACAGUUCAUCGUCCAAUGCCUGAACCCUUAUCGCAAGCCGGAUUGCAAAGUCGGACGGAUCAACACGACGGAAGACUUCAAGCAUCUUGCACGAAAGUUAACCCACGGAGUGAUGAACAAGGAGCUGAAAUACUGCAAGACCCCCGAGGACCUGGAGUGCAACGAGAACGUGAAGCACAAGACGAAGGAGUACAUCAAGAAGUACAUGCAGAAGUUCGGGGCCGUUUACAAGCCCAAAGAAGACACCGACUUGGAGUAGACUUUGCGGGGAGGAUGAGGAAGAGCCUUGGGGGGCUUUGGUUUCGUGCCUGGGGGGGCAACCCUUGCCCCUCUCUCCCUGCCAGGUUUUUCAAAACAUUGGGCAGAAACAGAGCGAUUUCAACAAAAAAAAAAGUAACUUCCCAAAAAAAAGGAAGUUAACUUACCUAGACAUGGCUUUGACUCAUCGACAUCCCACUUUUGGCCCCUGUUUGCAAGAAAGGAAAAUAACCCUAACCUCCCCAAUCUUGGCGGUGCUGUUUUAGUGCAACGAUUUGCAAGCUGAGUUUGUCCUUUACUCGAGAUCUGUAUGAUAUUUUAACGUCUAUGUGAAUAUAUUGAGAGGGUUUUUUUUCUCUUUUUCUGUUUGUUUUUUUCUUCUUUUCUCUCCUUUUUAAGCCCAACAUGUGUUGAUAUCAUGGGAACACUUUGUAAGAAUAGUUCUGAAGGUUUGGUUUUUAUUUUUAUUUUUUUCCCCAUUUUCCUUAUUAAUUUUUUUUGUUUGUUUUGUUCUGUUUAUUUUAUUAUUUUUGGGGGUGUUUUUCCUCGUUCUUUGCAAGGUUUUACUCUGUUAUCAUGUAAAUAUUUGCUCAAACCGGCUGCCUCAGGGUUUCUGGCAGGCCGCAGUGCUAUGUUGAUAAAGAUUGAUUUUACUGCUUCGAAAUCAUUUUACUUUAUCCAAUUUUUACUGAAGUUUUUAUGUAAAAGGAAAAAAAAUAAAAAAUAAAAUAAAACGGCAACGAAAUAACAAAAGAAAAA